GAAGGUGUAUAAAAGCAGCUCCUCAGGUGGCUCUUCAGCUCAGGUGGACUCUUUGGGUUAAGCUGCUCAACUUCAAGCUUCUGCAAACAAAGACAGACGAUGGCUCCGCGGCCAGAGCUUGGCAGUGACCCUGCAGUUUCUCCUCCAGACCUCGAUGGUAAAGACACUAAAGACACUCUGUCUAAUGACGCGAUCGUGUUGCCUGCGUACUCCACUGUGGCCCUAGUUGACACAGAGCCGGACAACGCUAUUGAUCCAUGGCAGCUUCCAGAGCUGCAGGACACAGGGCUGAAAUGGUCAGAACUGGACACGAAGGGCAAAAUUCUUCGAGUGUUCACCUCGGUGGCCAAGUGCAUCCUCCUGCUGGGGUUCCUGUACAUGUUCGUCUGCUCCCUGGACAUCCUGAGCUCUGCCUUUCAGCUGGUGGGGGGGAAGGCAGCUGGAGAUAUCUUUCAGGACAAUGUGGUGCUGUCUAACCCCGUGGCAGGGCUAGUCAUUGGAGUGCUGGUCACUGUGCUGGUUCAGAGUUCCAGCACUUCUUCAUCAAUCGUGGUCAGCAUGGUGUCUUCUGGAUUGCUGGAGGUGCAGUCGGCAGUGCCAAUCAUCAUGGGCGCCAACAUCGGCACCUCCGUCACCAACACCAUUGUGGCCGUCAUGCAGGCCGGAGACCGCAAUGAGUUCCGCAGGGCCUUUGCUGGAGCCACUGUGCAUGACUUUUUUAACUGGCUGUCCGUGUUGGUGCUGCUUCCUCUGGAGGUGGCCACGGGUGUCUUGUUCAAGCUCACCAAACUCGUCAUCGACUCCUUCCACAUCCAAACGGGCCAGGAUGCCCCAGACCUGCUCAAAGUCAUCACUCAACCACUCACCAAGAACAUCAUUGAGCUGGACAGCUCUGUAAUCAGCGACAUCGCUGUCGGUGACCCCAGUGCUCGGAACAAGAGCCUGAUUAAAACAUGGUGCAAAAAGGAGAAGAUUACGAGUCUCAUGAACAUCACAGUGCCUGGGGAAGCUAACUGCACCAUUGGUGCCCCCUGCUGGGUGGAGGGCAACGAGACAUGGACGCAGGCAAACGUAACAGAAACCAUCAACAUAGCAAAAUGUAAGCAUCUGUUUGUGAAUGCGAACCUUCCAGACCUGGCAGUUGGGCUGAUUCUGCUGGCUCUGUCGCUGCUGGUGCUGUGUACCUGCCUCAUUCUCAUCGUCAAGCUGCUCAACUCCAUGCUCAAGGGCCAGGUGGCUGUGGUCAUCAAGAAGGUGCUCAACACAGAUUUCCCCUUUCCAUUCUGCUGGGUCACGGGUUACCUCGCUAUCUUGGUGGGAGCGGGAAUGACCUUCAUCGUGCAAAGCAGCUCCGUCUUCACCUCCGCCAUUACGCCACUUGUUGGUAUUGGUGUUAUUAGCAUUGAGCGAGCCUAUCCUCUUACACUUGGCUCCAACAUUGGGACAACAACGACUGCUAUUCUUGCUGCUAUGGCCAGCCCUGGAGAAAAACUGGCCAACUCACUGCAGAUCUCGCUGUGUCACUUCUUCUUCAACAUCUUUGGCAUUAUCCUGUGGUACCCUGUCCCCUAUACCCGCGUGCCCAUCCGGCUGGCCAAAGCGCUAGGUGACCGCACGGCCAAGUACCGCUGGUUUGCCAUAGUCUACCUGAUCCUGUGCUUCUUCCUCCUGCCCCUGUUGGUGCUGGGGCUGUCCAUCGCCGGCUGGCAGGUUCUGGUGGGGGUUGGGGUGCCGGUGUUGACUGUGGUGGUCUUCGUGGUGGUGGUCAACAUCAUGCAGUCCCGCUGCUCGCGCUUCCUUUUUCCUCCUCUCCGCAGCUGGGAAUUCCUGCCCAAGCCUCUCCACUCGCUCAAGCCAUGGGACCGCGUGGUCACCAAGGUCCUGGGCUUCUGCGGGGCGCACUGCUGCUGCUGCUGCAAAUGCUGUAAGAAGGGAGAGGCGGACGGCGAGAAAGAGGACGGGAUGGAGACGAAGAAGGGGCUGGAGAUGUACGACAACCCUGCGCUUUGUGUGGAAGAUGAGAAGAUCCAAGUUCAGACAGUAUCUGGAACACAUUUGUAGCAUGUAAUAUAGUGUAUAGCUUAUACAUAAAUAUAUAUAAAGCUCAUUAUGUAGUAUAAUUUAAUGUCAUGCUGAAUGGGGCUUGAAGGAAGCUGGCUAAUCUGUCUGAGCUGCUUUCGUCUUCAACAUCUAUGGUAUUAUGCUGUGGUUGCCAGACGGUUCCUCCGGGCCUAAUAAGGGAACCUAUGGUGACC